UUGAGAUACAGAGGCUGCUGAGCGGAAAGGAGUAUUUUGAGUCGGCACAGAGCUCCUCUGAUACCAAACUGUGGGACAGAUCGCUGGUUUCUACUGUUGGAUCAGAUCAAGAUUAUUCAACACUGGUAUCAGUGUUGAUUUUUGUCAGACGACACUACAGACGAGUGAUGGAGAGAACUCCAAACUUCUGCUGCACUCUGGCCUCAAUGGUCGCUUUAGUCGUCCUCGUCUUAUUUCCUGUGAGGUCUGGAUGUAAGGAAGACACCUACAAAUCACUGACAGAGGCUAAGCCGGAGUGCUGCAUUAGAGAAGAUGCAGAGUUGAAGAGAUUUAAAGACAUCGACUAUGACAGCUUUGUGGGUCUAAUGGGAAGGAGAAGUGCUGCUCAACCAAACAGACACGUGGAUCACAUCCUCGCUGAUCUGUUGGGGCGGAGAACAGAUGUGGCUUGUCCGUGUGCAGAGGAGUAUUUACAAACAAGGAGAGGCCGAUUCAUCGGAAACGGGAGGCAGAGGUUUCAACGCUUUCUGUAGUGGGGAUGUGACGCCUCCUCCACCUCAACACAGGCUGUUAAACCUUCAGCGCUGAUAAAUCCUCACAGCUACUGUUACCAGAGAGGAUCAAAGUUAUUUAACCACAGCGAGGGGGAAGAAGACAUAUUAACCAUGCAUGAUUUCUACUGUCACUGGAACAUGUUCUGACAUGUAAUAUCAUGUAAACAAAAUGCAAAACAAAUGUACAAUAAAAUAUGCAUUUAUUUAUAGUGAUUAAAGUACCAUUCACUGAAAACACACUGAUCACGUGUUCUCACACAAAAACUCAUUUACACACUAAAGCGUAUCGACUCAAUUUAGACGUCAAUACCAACAUAAAUACAUU